AUGUUUGCUCGACCCUCACAAGAUAAUGGCCUGGACAAAGCCAAAGUCGAUGAGCUCCUGACUAAGCUCACCGCCGACUUGCAGGACGAGAAAUUAUCAGAAGCACAACGUAAAAGCCUUCUCGAGCAACUCAAAGUGCUUGGGAGAAAUCCUGCAAAUUCCGAGUCCAUCUUCGCCAAANAGGGAGUCGAAACGCUAUGUGAAUAUGGCUUCGACGUGGCAGAACUAGAUGUCUCACAAGAAGCUCUGCGGUGUUUGGCUAAUGCUAUGCUCCUGCAAGAAGCUCCAAGGCAGUACCUGCUGGAUUUGGGAUAUGGCGACAAAGCAGCGCAAAGACUUAGAAAUGACGAUCGGGAUGACGAGUUUCUGAUUUCGCGCAUUAUCUUCCUCCNNCUGACAUACAAGACUACGGUCGACCUCAGAGAGCUUGUUGAGAAACAUGAACUAGCUAGCAGCAUCUGCAGGCCCGAACUAGCGGCCAGAUUCGCAAGUUCUGUCUCAGAUCUGUUCAGCAUUCUCUCUCAUCAGAAGUUGCCUGCACCACCAUUGCAAGGCACUGUUAGUGCUAUCAUCAAUGCUUUGAUGAACAUGGAGAUAACGCAAGAAACAUGUCCCACCAAUGCGCAGCUUGAGCAAUUGAUCGACAUCCUUGAGACUUCGUUGAAGGCAUAUUCAGAGACGGAACUCGAUCAAGCCGCAACCCCAUUGUUGACACUUUUGCGCAAGAUCCAGGAGAAGGCGUCGCCAGAUGUUCGCAAACGCAUGCAGUCCCUCUUGUUGCCCGACGAAAAGGCCCGUUCCAAACCUCUAGGUCAAGGCGACUCUUUGUCGUCUAGACUGCUUCGACUUUCCGUCUCCCCGUCGCUGAUGAAGUUGCGUGAGAGCAUCUCAGCUCUAUUCUACGAACUUUCUGACAGCAACCCCACGACAUUCAUUCACAACAUUGGAUAUGGCUAUGCUGCAGGUUUCCUCUCUACACACAAGAUUGAGGUGCCGGAGACCAUGAUGAGAGCGGAUGCUGAGGGUGCAGACAUCAACCCCGUCACUGGUCAACGUCUGGCUGCUGAAUCCACGGACCCUGAGCCCGAGAUGACAGACGAGGAGAAGGAACGCGAGGCUGAACGUCUAUUUGUCUUGUUCGAAAGGCUGAGGGCUACUGGAGUCGUCGAUGUUGAGAACCCAAAGAUGCACGCGGUGUCUUCUAUCUGCUUACAAUGCACAACUGUCGUCUUGGCUGCUCCCGAUCCCAGCUUCCUCAAGACCCUUCCGCGCGACCAAGGCGUGUCUGGUGUUUGGUUCACAUCCGACGAUAAGACAUUAUUCACAGCUCCCAAGCUCAUCGUCGCCAAGUUGGACUACUCUCAGUAG